AUGGCAGCAGAAGACUUGGCACCAGCAUUGGCCCGCCAAACGCCAGCGUGGGCAACCGAACUGCUGCAGUUGGCUAAGACCUCCUUCGUCAAGAACGAUCCCAAAAAUUGGGAGGAAUGCAAGGUAGACGGUGACUUCACGAAGGAGGUCCCCCUGUGGGUCCUCGACUUUGAGGCCAUGCCGAUUCCGAGCGUCUUUCCUUUGUUGACGGCGGUGAAGCACGCUAAGGACCAAUGGUUCGGAGACAGAUCGGAUCAAAGCUUCUCCUUCCCUCCGCCGGGGAUGGUCCUGGAGGUCGCCAAAUACAGAAAGCAGCUGACAGAUUCGGAUUGCGGGAAACUUCAACGUGCAAAUCUGGACAUUGUAUUUUUCGCGUGGUUGCUGAAGUUCAAGGAGGUGUCGGAAGCAAAAGAAAGCAAGUACGUGGCCAUGUUCAGGAAGGCUGCGCUGCGCGUCCUGAUGACCGUGCGGUAUGUCGAGAAUGAGGCUACGAAACUUGCGCGUGCAUAUCAGCUACGCGAGGAUGAGGAAAAGAAUGCCACCAUUGCCGGCCACUCUUUGCUUUCAAGGGAGCAUCUGCUGAAGAAUGCUUCAAGCGGAGCUGCCACAAACCUGGUGGACUACAUGGCCCAGCACAAGAUUGUGUAUGGCACUUCCGAUUCGACGCUUUCGGUUGGCACCAUCCGGCUUCAUCUCCGAGUGCUCCGUCGCCUUUCCCUGGCAAUGGUGGACAGCGGCACACCGGCCUACGAAGGCAGUGCCUUGUAUUGGUUUGACAGGAACGAGGAACUUUGGGGAAGGAAGGGCAUCCAAGUGACUUUGCAAGAAAAUGCAAGAAAUUUCGAUGCUUUUCAAGCAGCUCUCCCCAACUUGGAUGACCUGCGAGAUGCAUCCAUGAAUUUGCACAUCUGGCUUCUUCGUGGCAACAACAUCAAGCUGAGCGGCAGGGGCAUUGGAGAUCUGGCCCGAGCUCUGGUACUCUAUUCCAGGGUUCCAACAGCCCUCCUGCCACGCUUCGAGAAGUAUGCUGAGUUGCUCAAGCCCUUCGCCUCCCUUCGCGAGUUCCAUCGGGAAUUUCCGGUUGGAAUGGAGGAGAACGGCUCGCCAGCUGUGAGGGACAUCACCUACCCGAUGUUUGCCCAGGAAUCAGCGGACAAACUGACCACUCAAGUCCUUAUUCCUCUCUUCAACUACAAAAAGCACGGCGCCUUGAUGGGAGGUGGCUCUGCCCUCGGCGUGGUGUUUGUAAAACAGUUGCUGCCGGAACUCGAAGCAAUGUACGCGCAAGAGCAAGCUCGGCAGUCGAUGGCGCAGGGCAUCUCCUCUGUGUCCGCGGUUCCCCCGGCAGAUUCCCAGUCGGAGGAGCCGGUGUCUGAGGAAGAGGCUGCUGCCUUAAAAAAGGCUUUCGACGAGAAGCAGAUGGAACUCCUGAAUUCCAUGGCACAGGAGUUCCUGAACAGCAACGUCCUGCUGUUGAGCUGGACCAAUCCUUCGCUCAUGGAUGCUUUGUGUGGGCAUCCCCUCACAAAAGAUGGAGCCUCCAAGCUGUUCUGCUGGCAGGCAGGUCUGGACGCGACCACGGGCCCCACUGGCCGCACCUCGAUCUUUCGAAUGAAGGCGGCCGCGGACGAGACCCGCAUGGAUUCUUCGAUAGACAUGAUGGCGAAGCUCAUGCGGGAUUUGGACAGUGGGCUCUUCUUCAGUGGGCGGAACACCCUGAUCGCCAAGGACCUGAAAAAGAAGCUUCAGGCCUUGAAACCCAAGGUUGGGCUGAAGGAGAUGCAGAUCAGUCCGGACGAAGAGGUCCUGUUGCGGCUACUCCAUGGGGAGGGACGGAAUCAAUACGCUUCCCUGGAUCCGGUUCUUCGAUUGCAAGGAAAGGCAGAGAUCUACUUCCAUAUCGUCAAGACUUCCAAAUGCUGGAAAGAUCGACGCCCGGCCGCCAGGCGAUUUGUGUCUGGAAAUACCGCUUUCCGGACCAUGCAGAAUGCCCCCAUUUUAGAGACCGCCGCUAUGCACAAGGUGUCGUCGAAGGAACGGGAUGCGGUGUUCAGGAACGUCAUCGGCUCAGAUCGCUGGAGCCCUGGAGUUGGGAGAAAGAGUGCUGGCGGAGGGGCAGCCUCGGCGACUACGGCCGAUCGCGAGAGCGAGUCGGAGGAGGGCGGCGAGGAGAACCCGCUUGCAGGCUGCACCGAUGCUGAGGGCAACGUGGUGCUAUUCCAUAUGGAACUUCACCCCAAAGUCCUCGCGCAGCUGCUCUGGGAAAAUCAAGCACGCGUCUUGAUUGACUUUUCCCCUGGAAGUGCGAUGAUGGCGCGUACGGCGCUCUCCAUGGGCGUGAAGGUUAUCCUCAUCGGCCUCAACGAUGCCCACGUGGGUGUUCUGCGGAAGAUGUUGACCCAGUUCAUCAGAGCCAACAUUGAUGCUGACAUGGCCGGAUUUGCCCCCAGCGACAAAAUGGAAAAGCUGCAGCAGCUGAAGCCGGCCAGACUCAAGCUGCACGAGAGUCGCAGAGGCAUCGCCGAGAUGAGCCCGCCUUUGCCCGGCGCUGGCAAAGCAACAUUCGAAAAGACCAUGUCUGCUGCGAUCGAUGCCCUCCAGACGGGUGCCAACUUGCCGCCGGCGAAGCGGCAGCGGACCGAGCCGAAGCCAGCACCACCGAAGCCUUCGACACCUGCGGUGCCGAAGCCCAAGCCGCCGGCUGAUCCGAAGGCGAAGGCGCCUGCUGCAAAAGUGCAGCCUGCACCUACACCAGCAACUGGUGCUGCUCCAAGCGAAUCUGUUGCUGAUUUGCUGAACAUGUUUAGCUGA